AUUUGAGUCUCGCGGCCACUGAGGAGUCUCUCUGUAGAGGCAGGAAUGUAAAUCCAGAGGGAUUAGUGAGAACACGUCGGGCUGUAAAGCCUUCACCAGCUCUCCAAGGGGUCUCUGCCUCCGCGCGUAAAGGGACGGCGCAGCGGACGCUGCGCAGCUCCAGCUCCAGCUCCGUUAUUCCUCCAUGCGCGUCUCCUCUGCGGGGAGCUGGACGAGGAUCGCCGGGAUUGUGACACCCAUGCGGGUCACUGGCAGAUGAAAACAGGGGGAUUUUAACCCGUGUUAAUAAAGCGUUAACCAGUCAUCCGUCCCCCCGGGCGCACAGGAGUUAACCAGGUAACCAGUGAUCCGUCCCGGCGCACAGGAGUUAACCAGUGAACCAGUGAUCCGUCCCGGCGCACAGGAGGACAUGGCUCAGCUUCACGGUGCGACUCUCCUCCCGUUUGGUGCGAUGUGCGUGGUUUUCCUGUGGGAAUCCGGAGCCAGCUCCAUCAGGACGACGCUGGAAGUGGACACUUCGAGGACCGAGUGUCCGGACAACAAGAUCCUGACGGUGGAGUAUCCGUGUGUCCGGUCUGGGGGGAAGAACAGCACUUGUUUCAGGAGGAAAUGCUGUGAAGGAUUCCGGUUUGUGAUGGGCCAGUGUAUUCCUGAAAGCGUGGACGUGUGCGCCGCGUCGCCCUGCGAGCAGCAGUGCACCGAUAACUUUGGCCGAGUCAUCUGCACGUGUUACCCCGGCUACCGCUUCGACAGAGAGAGACACCGCACCCACAAAUCUCCGUACUGCCUGGACAUGGACGAGUGCGAGGCCUCCGGCAGCGCCGCCUGCGACCACGAAUGUGUGAACACGGUCGGCAGCUUCGAGUGCCGCUGCCGCGGCGGCUACAUGCUGGCGCCGGACGAACGCUCCUGUAUCCCCGUGCACAACUUGAGCUCGUCGGGGAAGUCUGACACGUUGAUGAGCGCCGGCUCCUGCUCCUUCACCUGCCAGGACUUCACCAACAUGAAGAACAGCCUGCUGCAGCUGAAGCUGCGUCUGGGGAACACGCACUCGCCCAACCAGGUAACGCUUUCAUCGCCCAACCAGGUACCUGGUCUGGCCAACAGCAGUGAUAAACCGUCCCUGGGAAGGUCGGGGAAAAGUCCCGACAGCCCGUGUCUCCCGGGGUUACCUGGCUCCCCGGGGGCUCCUGGGGUCCCAGGACAUCCCGGAGAACCAGGAAGCAGAGGCGACCCGGGCGAGCGGGGUCCUCCGGGCCCCCGGGGGCCGCGGGGGGACAUGGGGCCCAUGGGCCCCGAGCCGGAUCUCAGGCACAUCAAGAGGGGCCGCAGGGGCGCGGUGGGACCACCCGGGGCAACAGGCAGAGAUGGAUUAAAGGGCGACCGCGGAGCUCCAGGACCCAGAGGCCCACCGAUUCAGAGCAGAUUAAGCAGCUUCCUGUGUCUGCAGGGGCCGCCGGGAUCCUUCGACUUCCUGCUGCUGAUGAUGGCCGACAUCCGCAACGACAUCACGGAGCUGCAGGAGAAGGUGUUCGGCGCGCGGCGCGGCCUGACGCUGGACGGCCCGGCGCUGGACGGCCCGGCGCUGGACGGCCCGGCGCUGGACGGCCUGACGCUGGACGGCCCGGCGCUGGACGGCCCGGCGCUGGACGGCCCGGCGCUGGACGGCCCGGCGCUGGACGGCCCGGCCCAGGCCAGCGGGGAGCUGGACUCGGGGGAGUGGGGCUCCGCACACGGAGAGCUCCCGCUCAACACCUGA